ACAAUAAUGAAUACAAGUAGUCUUGCAGAAAAAAAAACUACUUAUGAAAACAUAAUACAGAUAAAGGAUGGUUAUGAUUUACCUGUAUAUGGAAUCACCGAAGGUACUUUCUAUACACUUCACGUGCCAGCAAUGGCAUGUAUUUGUAUCAGCUUUAUAUGCGCAAUGUCAGUUAUUUUAUAUUCAUUCUAUCGACAAAAUUACUCUAAAUUUUUCGAUUGGUCAAAAAGUGAAAGAUUUGUGGUAUAUAUGUCUCUUUGUGACGCUCUAUUUAAUGUGUCACAUUUUAGUGACCAUCUUCAUAUUGUUGUAACAAAGUCGUUUCCAACACCAAAAGGACUAUGUGCUUUUUAUGGAUUUAUGCUUGCUGAAUUCAUAACAGCUCAAAAUUUGAUGGUCAAUAUCGUUGCUAUCAAUGUGUUUGUCUUAAUCUAUUUUCGAAAACAGAUGUUUUUUGGCAGAUGGGAUUAUCGGCUGUUGGUUUAUAUUUUUGGUGUUCCUGCAAUAGGUUGCAUAACUGCUGGAGCUUUGGACCAGUUUGGUCCAAAUGGAGCAUUCUGCACUUUUGAUGCUAUAAAAGGGAAAACUACAUACAUAUUCUUCACAACGGUACCGCUUCUGUUAAUCUUAGCUAUAAAUAUCGGUUUGUACACUUUAAGCUGGGGACGAAUUUAUCGAGAGACGCGUGAAAUUAAAGAUUCUCUCGGUAAAUCAUCACGAGCAUUACAAGCAUCGCACAAGGCUGCAAAGACUAUGUCUCUUUUUGUAACAGCUUUUUUUAUACAAUGGUGGGCUUUGGCUGUAUUUGGGGUAUGCCAGUUGAGCGGAAAUGUUCCGCCACUGUUACUUAAUUUGGUGACAACUUUCUCAAAUAUUGGAGGUCUGCUGAAUGGAAUUGUUUUCAUAUUUAUUGUAAAAAGAAAAAGAGAGAAGGCCAGUGAUAAUGGUUCGCACAAGUCAGGAUCUGUAGGAACUGGUAGUACACCGAUCCAAUCAAUAAGUCAUUCAACACGUGCAUCACCUGCGAUACAAAAUAGUGAAGUCUGA